UCGACUAUAAAGACUGAUUCGUUCUUUCGAAAAGUAUCAAUUGCAGUGUAACUUCCUCAGCAACCACUCAACAAUGGCUUUUAAACUCGUAGUUCUCUUCGCCGCUCUGGCUUACGCCAACGCUGGUUUCUUGGGAGCUCCAGCAGCUGUUGCUACCUACGCAAGCCCAGCAGUAUCCUACGCUGCACCAGCUGUCGCUGCCGUCCAUGCUGCUCCAGUGGCUUCUUCCUACUCCUACACCAACAGAAUCCAAUCUGCCCCUGUAGCUUAUGCUGCCCCAGCUGUCUCUUACGCUGCCCCAGCUGUCGCCGCCGUCCAUGCUGCUCCAGUGGCCUCUUCCUACUCCUACACCAACAGAAUCCAAUCUGCCCCUGUAGCUUAUGCUGCCCCAGCCGUCUCUUACGCUGCCCCAGCUGUCGCCGCCGUCCAUGCUGCUCCAGUGGCCUCUUCCUACUCCUACACCAACAGAAUCCAAUCUGCCCCUGUAGCUUAUGCUGCCCCAGCCGUCUCUUAUGCCGCCCCUGCUGUAGCUGCCGUCCACGCUGCUCCAGUCGCUGUAGCUAAAGCUAUUCCCGCAGCCACAUCAUACGCUUACAACAACCAAAUUUCCCAAUCUGUGACUGCUGUUCAUGCUGCCCCUGUUGCCACCUAUGCCGCUGCCCCUGUUGCCACUUAUGCCGCUGCGGCUCCAAUCGUUAAAUCUUACUCCACCACCUAUGCCGCUGCUCCAGCUAUCUCUUACUCAGCCCCAGCUUUGACUGCUGUUCACGCUGCUCCAGCUCUCUCUUAUGGCGCCCCUUUGGCUCUCCAAAAAUACCACUAUUAAAUAAUUGAACAC